AUGCAAACCUUCACUGCAGAAGCUGGCGUCGCCUGGAACCCAGGAAGUUGGAGACACUUCCCCUGGGUUGCUGUUGCCAACCUACUUGGCUUUUUGGUAUGUUGUGGGGCACUCUCUGCGAUCCUGGGAGAAUCAGAUGGUAAAGAGGUCAACGCUUGGCCCCAUCCAUCUCACACUAUACCUGUGUCUGUCCUCUUAUCACUGAUUGUCGGUGUUGCCAAUUUGUGCCUUGCGGUGACCCUCAGCAAAGGUUACGAGAUCUCAUGGUGGACGCAGGCUUUGAAAGGGGCAGAGCUCCGGAAGCUUCACUUCGACUUGGAAAUCCAACGCCGCACCUCCGCGAUCCUCGGUCAGAACCGAGCGAAUGACAAAUUCGCGCUUGCUGCAAUUGUCUCCCUGAUAGUCAGUAUUCUGGAUGGCCCGCUGAUCCAGAGAGCUUCGACCGUCUCUGCGCACCUAUAUGGGCCCUCGCCAACGAUCACGAACGUCAACGUCUGGAAUACCUCAUUUCCGGCCAAUUUUAGCGCCUUUUCCGGCGGAGGCGAUACGCCCAACGUUCUCUCCCCGUUGUUUGGCAAUGUCAGCCGAGCAUACACGAAUCGCGAAGCCAUUUUGCUGCCGAUGGAGGAGGCCUGUAAUGCGAACACAACAUGCAUCUUCACGCUGCCGGCGCCAGGUUUCGACGUAAGCUGCAACGAUGACUCGAUAUCUUACGACUUCAACAAUAUCGGCGCUGCGUAUUUCGGGGAUCAGAUUGAAAACCCCAAUGGGUUAAAUAACCAGAUUACAACCUUCAAUGUCAACUUCACGUUUGGAGGUACAGAGGACAUCCUCCCCUAUAGCACGAUGAAUACAUCGAUCAUAUAUAAGGCCGAUGCAGGGUGUGCUGCGCAGAUGACAAGACGAACAUGUGUCAUGCGCCUGGCCACAAUCGGAUAUCCUGUAGCCGUAACCAAUGGUGUUGCGACAUUGAGAAGCUGGCAGAUGGGCCAGAAUGAAACAAUCGAGGUCACUCAGUUUUCGAAAGCCAACUCGCCUCUGCCCGGAUAUGACGUGCUCUACACGGGUAGCGUCGGAGCGGGAGGGUUUCAGACCAUGCUCGGGGGCAUCUUCUUUGUGGUGAAUUCACUCUAUGCUUCACACUUCGCCCUCUGUAUCGGAGUGACGACGAAUGGUUACCUCUUCAACGGCACGGAAAGGGCUGCCAGUCAUUACCUGAAUUCAGAUAUGUCAACAUACAGCAGAUGCAACAUGACAUGGGGAGAUCCUACCACCGAUAUCAUCAACACAGUCCGUGAACUGAUGCUGCGCAGCGCCGUUGCGUACUCAGACUACAACAGAACCGCAGGGUUGCCCCAGCAGCUGACAAUGCAAGUAACCAAGGUUUCGAGCGCAUACAACAGCCACUAUGAGUAUCUGGCCAUCACGCUGGCUUGCAUGAUUAUACAGGCACUCAUUGUUGGUUUUCUUCUCUUGAAUUGGCAUCAUCUCGGCCGCGACAUGUCGUUGGACGCGUUUGAGAUCGCAAGAGCCCUUGAAGCACCCUUGCUACAAGGCGAAAGCACUAACAGCAGCAUUCAGGAGGCGCUUUCAAUUAGGCAGCAUGAUAGACUACGUUAUGGAGAGAUCCUACCUCGACCCGUUGAGGCCGAGGUUAGUGACCGUGUCAAACAAAGCACAGUGCGGCAAAGAAUUGAAAAUGACAGCCCCUAUGAAAUGGAGCAGCUGAUUGCGCGGUAUGCUGAGCAUGAGAUGCAGGCCGAUGACAGACAGAUCCCGAGGCUAAGCCUUGCCCAGGAAGGGUUUAUAAGGAGCAUUCGGCCAGGGGUCCUAUAUUAG